ACAGACUGUUCUAGAGUUGUACCCAAAAUAGUGUUGUCGUUUCACGUGGUUCUUUGUCGUGUUUCUGAUCUCUGACUGCCUCCGAAUCGGAAUUGAACUAAGACCGAUAAUUUAACAUGGCAUCCACAGAGGCAAGUGAGGCUCUGCAGCGAAAGGAGGAAGGCAAUAAAUAUUUUCAGGCUGGCGACUACGCAAAGGCUGCUGAGUGCUACACGGCUGCCCUGAAGUUAUGUCCUGCCAGCGACAAGAAGGACCAUGCAGUAUUCUACAAGAACAGAGCAGCCUGCCACCUAAAGCUCGAGAACUGGCAGAAAGCUGCAGACGAUGCCACUGAAUCGAUCGAGAUCGUUCCGGCCGACAGCAAGGCGCGCUUCCGGCGCGCGCAGGCAUACGACCAUCUCGAGAAGUACGAUGUGGCAUUCAAGGACGCUCGCGCCGUCCUCCACCUCGACAAGAACAACAAGGCCGUCCUUCCCCUGCUGGAGAAGCUCAGUGCAAAAUUACAGGAGAAGAGUAAGGAACAGCACAGCACCAACAGCAGGGUGUCGCAGAUGCUACAGGCGUUAUUCGAUCCGAACGCUGACACGGAGAAAAGGUCGGCGGCGGCCAACAACCUCAUCGUGCUCGGCCGCGACGCUCCAGCCCAGCUUUUCCAGGGGGGAGGUGUGAAGAUGCUGUUGCCCGUGCUCGAGUGGAAGGAAGAGGAGUACGUUCUUGCAGUUCUACGCACGCUGGACGGCAUGUGUAUCAACAACCAGGAUCGAGCUAAGGUCAUAGUUGCUGAGGUCGGAUUCCCACGGCUGCAGCAGCAGCUAACGAGGAACUCAGAGGAGAUCUGCCUGGCGUCGGCCCAUCUCAUCCUCAAUGUUGUCUGUGCUCUCACAGGCCUGAACCGCGAGGCCGGCAAUAAGGUGGAGAUGGCAAAACUUAAUGCCAACAUCAAGAUGAUCGGAUCGAUCAUGAAGGCCAUCAUGCACAUCGUGACGGACGUGACGCUGUCGGGAUACGGCCGCGAUGCCGUCACCGACCUCAUACUGAAGCUGGUGCCACGCACCGGCGGCAUCGACUGGGUGCGCAGAUUUCUCGACGAUAAAGCAUGCUGGGAGAUGCUGAAGGUCGGAUCCUGCAUUCCGGAGAUGACGACGAUGCCCAUCACGUCGGAAACACGCGGCCACAUCGCGCUGGCGCUCAACAACAUCUACAUGGACCUGGAGAGUGACAGCGAGCGAGCGAUAUUCCGAACGCAGUGCGAAGACUACAUUAUGGUGCUGAUAGAUGACCCAUCCCAUGAGUCUAAAGUCAAGUGUGUUAUUGCCAUCACAACACUACUACAGGGUCCGUUUGACGUAGGCAACAGCAUUCUUGGAACUAAAGGCAUGCUUGAGAUCAUGCUCGUUAUGGCUGGAUCAGAUGACGUGCUGCAACAGCAAGUAUCGGUGGAGGCUAUCAUCCAGGCAUCAACGAAAGCAGAUAAGAGUGCGGCCAUCAUAUCUCAGGGAACACCCAUUCUGAAGAAGCUGUAUCAGUCGAAAAAUGAGAACAUCAAAGUCCGGGCCCUUGCGGCUCUGUGUAAGGCUGGUUCAUCCGGUGGCACCGAUGCAUCGGCAAAAGCCAUGUCAGAAGGCAGCACUAUAAAGUUAGCGGACUCCUGUUUGAAAUUCUUGCGAAGCUCGAAGAAAGACAUGGUCAUCCGUAAGUUUGCGGCCGAAGGUUUGGCCUACUUGACACUGGAUGCUGAGGUGAAGGAAAAGGUCUCUGAGGAUGAAGAGGCUCUCAAGUCUAUCAUUGAACUGGGCAAGGGAAGAUGUACUGGAUGAGAAGGAGUACGUGGACAAGCGCGUCUCCAUCUUGGUCAAGUGCGGAAUAGUGAGCUCUCUUGUGGGAAUGUGCAAGAAGACAAAGAGUCAGACAACUAAUGAACUAAUAGCCAGGGUGUUCUUCACAAUAGCAGAAAACAAGGAACAUAGAGGGUAUCUAGUGCAGCAAGGUGGGGCAAAGGCAUUACUGCCACUAACAAAAGAUAACACAUCGGAGGGAAAGAAGUUUGCUGCUCAUGGACUGGCAAGAAUCGGCAUAACGACCAACCCUGAAAAUGCGUUUCCUGGGCAGAGGGCAUGUGAAGUCGUGCGUCCACUCAUUGGCCUGCUGCACCCAGACCACACUGGACUCGCUAACUUUGAGGCACUGAUGGCUCUCACCAACCUGGCUGCCCUCAGCGCAAGCGUUAGGCAAAAGAUACUGAAGGAAGAAGGCUUCUCAAAGAUCGAGCACUGGUGUUUUGAGGAGCACGAGUUGAUCAGGCGGGCGGCCACACAGUGCAUGCUGAACCUGAUGCAGUGCAAAGAGGUCGAGGAAAUCUUCCUGAAGCCUGGCAGUGACCGUUUCAAGCUCAUGCUGCUCUAUGCUGGUGAGUUUGAGGACGACGUGGAGCUAGCGCUGGCUGGAGCCGCCAUCAUCGCAAUGCUAACGACCGACGAGAGAUGCAUCGAGAAGGUCAAGGAGGUGAAGUCCUGGCUGACCAUUCUCAGCUCCAUGAGCAUGCAGGUGCACACGGAGCUUCAGUACCGCGGGCUUCUCAUCCUUGCAAACAUCAUUGAACAGGACAGAGACUUGGCCAAUGAAGUGACCGAGGGACAGAUGUUGGAUGUUCUGAUGGCACUCACGCAGCAAGACGACUUCAUGCGUGCUAAGGCGAAGGAGCAGGCCGUAAGGGCGCUAGCUGCUGCCCAGAAGUGGGAGCUCAUCCAGAAAAACCCGGACGCCGAAUAGAGGGCGUGGGCGCGCGCUGCGUUCGAUGUGCUCGUCCAUUCCGCGGCACGGAUACUAACGUCCCUUGUUUCGUUCCCCCUUCGAUCGAUGGAACACAGAGCAGAUGAAGUCGGGGACGAUGUGCGCAGGAGUUAUUCGUUAGGGGGGUGCAGGUGAGAUCAGUGAGGAUUGGAUGAAGCAGUUGUUCCUGUGGCCGAUCUCAGUGGUGCUAGUGAUAUUGUAUAGGUGAAAACCCGUGCGUGCUGUUUACAGAGCGAGUGCCUCGUUUUAAUAAGAGGAUUCGACAACAGGAGGAAUGGUUUUCAGGAUAAUGUGCCAAAUGGAACGACGAAGCUUGUGUGUGAAAAUCGAGACCAGAGACCAAAAUCGUACUUUUUUUCACGUUCCAAUAGCGGUCCAAAAGCUGUAAACUCUAGCAUGACCACGUUUCUAUAAAUUAGUGAGGUAGACGUGGUUAAAGAUUGAUCAUUCACGUGGCUUAUACACGUACGUGGCCGUGCUUGACAGAAUCGCUUGUCAACUGUGAGAAAUUGCAGCCAAGGCAUUUUCUAGCUAUUUUAUAUUAACCUGGAUAAACAACACCUAAAUAAUCAUGUGUAAUUCUGUCCCCUGAGAUUUUUUCCUGUACAAUGUAUUUAUUUGCUGAAUUUCUGUCAUUUGUAAUUUAAUUUGUGUCCUAGUGUUUAUGAUAUAAAUAACCGUGACAUGAAAUCCAAUACAAAAACGCAUAAUGCAAAUUAGCAGUGAUUUUAUUUAUUAAACCAAUAUCUGUUUCUGACUUCCAAA